AUGUACGCGGGUAACCCCAUACUCGAUGAGAUCAAGCAGGGAUUCAAGUUGCGGCCAACGAAAACCGUUGACAAAUCCAAACCGGUGAUUGUAGCAGAAAUAGAUGAUGCGGACUCGAUUGCACCUACAAAACGAGCCCCCGCACCACCUGCUCCUUCACUUCAGGUGGAUACGGUACCAUCCGAGCCAACAGGCGGAGUGAAAACUCCUCGAGCUUCACCUUCACCGAGGUCUUCACCGAAGCCUGGACCUAGCACAGCAACAUUUUCCUCUUCUGCUCCAGUUCCUGGCGGCGGCCCACCACCACCACCUCCUCCGCCACCAGGAGCAGGCUUUAUGCCACCACCUCCACCGCCGCCUCCAGGAGCACCUCCUCCACCACCACCUCCAGGAGCAGCUGCUCCAACAUCCACUCCUGCGUCACAAAAAAGCCGCAAAUCCCCUUCACCAUUUCCACAAUUGGGAGGAAAAUCGCCGGCCGAAAUAGAUCUCGGCGAAUUGCUGCACUCCAUUCAAGGAGGAGUGCGCUUACGAAAAACAGUCACCAACGAUAAAAGCGGUCUGAUAGUGGACGAAAGUUUGAAGCAAAAAAGCGUUCAACUAAUUGAACCAGCUCCAUCAACUGCAUAUAUUCCACCCAAGAAGGAUCCUCCUAGAAGAGAUUUCCAACGUCCCGUGUCGCCUCGGAACGCUUCCUAUCUACAGGCAGAUUUGUCAGAUGAUGAAAGAUUUUUGACUCCUACGGGUAGAGGCUCCGAGUACGGUACCCCCGAGCCCGAUUCUCCUCGACUGGCACGGAAAUCACCAGCCAGGGAGGAAAAGAAACCAGAUGUUGCGUUCAGUGAGAAGAGUUUGAAAGUCACAAAGGAAGAGCUGGAGCAGGAGAUUCCAACUGGAACAGCGGCCGCUCGGAUCGCGAAAUUCAUGCAGAGCACAGGAGCAAACGAUGCAUCCAACGGUGGCGCCACGGUGCCGCGGAACUUCCGUCCGUCUCCUGUUCGAUUCCCUAUCACCAAAGAGGUGAACAAUAAUGCUGGUGGUGUUAAUAAGCCGAAAGCACCGUCAAAAUGGGCUCCUGUCGAAACUGGAGGACUCAGACAACCAACUAGAGUGAAUGUGCCAAUGGACAGGAACGAGCGAGCACAUUCGGAAGUGCGAAGCCGCAGUUAUACAAACCUGAAUCUGCAGGAACCAUCGAUUGAGAGAGCUAGAACUCAGAGUCCUCAACCUCGCGAACCCCCUAAGCCUGUUGAAACUCCGCCCACAAGUCGAGCAGCCCGUAAGUCCGUAGGCGAAGAGAAACGAGUUAGAGCAGACAACCCUCCACCGCUGCCCAAAACUCAACCUCCAUCUAUCAACGAAAUUCCGCCAUCUCCAAAAACAUCUAUUACCACACCUUACACGUUCAAUAAAGUGAAUAUACCUGAGACGUUCCGACCUAAAAGUCCCGUAUCUUCUGGAAGAACAUCACCAUCGCCGUCGCAGUCUUCGGCUUCAAUCCCUUCGCCGUCAUCCGUAUCUCCCGGCAGUACCUCCCCAGAAACCCCUAGGAAACGAUCAACUAAUCCAGCGUUCGACAAGGCUAAAGAGAAGUUCUCUGGUUGUUUGGAGACACCAUCAGCUUCAAGUCGCACGACACUGACGAAGGGACGGAGUGCAAGCCCAAUAGGAAGUAACGAGACGUCGAAAAAUACGUCGGACGUCAAGAAGCAGCGAGUGAUCAACGUGCCCAUAUCCGCUCCAUGGUAUCAUCGUUCGCUAUCUUCCUCGGAAGCGUCAGAAACGGCACAUGCUCGUAGGGUAGUCAUUGGCAUGGAUUCAUUUUCCUCGUUGGAUCCGGACACAUUUCGUCGCAAUUACAGAUUCAACAUUGACUUAUCAAGCGACUCGCCUUUGUCGAUCGUGAACAGGUAG